AUGGCAGUGUUCUCUGAAUACCAUGAGGAGGAGGGCCUGCUUGGAGAGAGGCAAUAUCAAGCCUGGAAACAGGGAGGCCGGCAGCGCUCCCGAAAAUUUACUGCAUUGAUCCUCAUGUUCCUGCUGGGCACUUUUGCUCUCGUUGUAUACUUCGUGAAUGGAACCCAUUGCAACCCCCCUUCACGUGCCACAGGCCAGCGCGACCUACCUCUGGCCUCUCCCCUUGACAAGUUGAAGAGAUCUGCCUGCAAUGCUGUCGAUGGCGGUUAUCAAUACAACUCCGAGCUUUCCCACAAGUGGGGCCAGUAUUCCCCCUAUUUUUCUCUUUCGGACGAAUCGGCCAUCUCAGACGAGGUACCCCAUGGUUGUCAAAUUACCUUUGCUCAAGUGAUCUCCCGUCAUGGUGCUCGAUUUCCAUCGGCGAAAAAGAGCAAGGUAUAUGCCGAGCUCAUUGAAAACAUCCAAGCGAACGCGACUGCCUACAAGGGCAACACGGCAUUCCUCCGCUCGUACAAAUACGUCAUGGGCGCUGAUGAUUUGGUACCCUUUGGAGUGAAGCAGAUGGUGAAAUCGGGAGCCAGGUUCUACGAGCGCUACGCGACGCUGGCUAAGGAAGCUGUGCCCUUCAUUCGCGCAUCUGACUCGGAGCGGGUUGUGGCUUCAGGAGUGAGCUUUAUCAAGGGCUUCCAGAAGGCAAAGUCUCAUGACAAAAAUGCCAACCACCGGCAAUUAAGCCCGAAGACUAAUGUCAUAAUCUCAGAAGAGCCUGGGACUAACAACACUCUGAACCACAGCGAAAUCUGUCCUACGUUCGAAGACACUAAACUGGGGGACGAGGUCACAGAAAAAUACAUGGCAAUCUUUGUGCCUCCCAUCCGAGCCCGACUCGAGGCUGAUCUCCCUGGCAUUAAACUCGAAAACAUCGAUGUGGUCAGUCUGAUGGACGUUUGUCCUUUCGAGACAGUGUCCCAGAGUGACGAUGGAGCCAAGCUAUCUCCAUUCUGCGACCUAUUCACCCAAGCUGAAUGGAACCAUUACGACUACCUCCAGUCACUAAGCAAGUACUACGGUUUUGGCGCAGGCAAUCCGCUAGGCCCAACUCAAGGCGUCGGUUUCGUAAAUGAGCUCAUCGCUAGACUCACUCGCACCCCAGUGGUGGACCAAACAAGCACAAACCAUACGCUCGACGCCCCCGGUGCUGCAACAUUCCCCCUCAACUACACCAUGUACGCAGACUUCACGCAUGACAACGGAAUGAUUCCGUUCUUCUUUGCCUUGGGACUGUACAACGGUACUGCUCCACUUUCUCUCACUCACCUCCAGUCCCCUGACCAAACGGACGGAUUUUCAUCCGCCUGGACGGUGCCUUUCGGUGCCCGCGCUUAUAUCGAGAUGAUGCAAUGUCAGGACCCGGAGCCCCUCGUGCGAGUCCUCGUUAAUGACCGUGUUGUUCCGCUGCAUGGCUGCCCGGUGGAUAACCUUGGCCGUUGCCGCCGUGGUGAUUUCGUGAAUGGGCUUACCUUUGCACAAUACGGGGGUGAAUGGUCCCAGUGCUAUGAAUAA